AUGCCGACGAUAAUGCAAGAGGGCCACAGUGGCAUUGCUUCGGGCACAUGCACGAGCUGGACUGGUAGGAUGAGAGGGGAAGGUGACAGUACGGCACAGCAUAUGACUGCGGUGCGGCGCGCUGCAUUCGUGAAUGGGGGCCCGUCCGCGUGGCUUGAUCACCAGUCGGUUAGGGUGAAGUUAGCCUUGGAAGCAGAUCCCGGCAAGGUCCCUGUCAAUUCAUUACCCAGUCGCGCGGCGACCUGA